UCUGCUCUCCUCCGGCGCCUAGGGCAUGCUCCGAGGUCCAGCACCCCGCUUCGGCAGUGGCCAGGCUUGCGACCAGUCCUCGGAGACAUGAGGCUCGGUCCACGAGCCGCCCUGGUCCUGGGGCUGCUGCGCAUUUACCUCGCCCAGGCCAACUUUGCCCCUCACUUCUUUGACAAUGGAGUGGGCAGCACCAACGGAAACAUGGCCCUGUUCAGCCUUCCAGAAGACACUCCUGUAGGUUCGCAUGUGUACACCCUAAAUGGGACUGACCCUGAGGGAGAUCCUAUCUCCUACCAUAUCAGCUUUGACCCCAGCACGAGAAGUGUCUUUUCCGUUGAUCCCAAUUUUGGAAACAUAACCCUGGUGGAAGAGCUGGACCGAGAGAGGGAAGAUGAGAUCGAAGCCAUCAUCAGCAUUUCAGAUGGCCUGAACCUGGUGGCUGAGAAAGUUGUGAUACUGGUGACAGAUGCCAAUGAUGAGCCACCCAGGUUCAUCCAGGAGCCUUACAUCAUCCUGGUUCCAGAGAACAUACCUGCUGGGAGCAGCAUCUUUAAGGUCCAUGCAGAGGACAAGGAUACGGGCUCUGGAGGCAGUGUCAGCUACUUCCUACAGAACCUACACUCCUCCAAGUUCACCAUGGACCGCCACAGCGGUGUGCUGCGCCUCCAGGCUGGGGCCACACUGGACUAUGAGAAGUCGAGGGCUCAUUUUGUCACUGUGGUUGCCAAGGAUGGUGGGGGCAGGCUCCGAGGGGCUGAUGUGACGUUCUCAGCCAUCACCACCGUCACCAUCAAUGUGGAAGAUGUUCAAGACACGGCCCCUAUUUUCGUGGGCACACCUUACUACGGUUAUGUAUAUGAGGACACCCUUCCGGGCUCCGAGGUGCUGACGGUGGUUGCCAUAGACGGGGACCGAGGCAAACCCAACCGCAUCCUCUACAGGCUCUUGAACGAGAGUGAUGGCGCCUUUGAAAUUAAUGAGACAUCUGGAGCCAUCUCCGUCCUUCAGAGCCCUGCCCAGCUUCGGAAAGAGGUGUAUGAGAUUCAUGUACAGGUGAUGGAGAUCAGCUCUCCAGGAAGCCCAGGCGCUCAGGCCAUGGUCCCAGUCACCAUCAGGAUUGUGGACCUCAACAACCACCCUCCAACCUUCUAUGGAGAGAAUGGGCCCCAGAACAAGUUUGAAAUAUCCAUGUAUGAGCACCCACCCCAGGGGGAGAUCCUUCGUGGGCUCAAGAUCACUGUCAAUGACUCUGACCAGGGAGCCAAUGCCAAAUUCAACUUAAGGCUGGUGGGACCUGGAGGCAUCUUCCGUGUGGUGCCACAGACAGUACUGAAUGAAGCUCAAGUCACCAUCAUAGUGGAAAACUCGGCCGCCAUUGACUUUGAAAAGUCUAAGUUGUUAACCUUCAAGCUCCUGGCCAUUGAAGUGAAUACCCCGGAGAAGUUCAGUUCCACAGCAGACAUUGUAAUCCAGCUUCUGGACACCAAUGACAACGUCCCCAAGUUCACCUCUCAGUACUACAUUGCCAGGAUUCCAGAGAAUGCCCCAGGGGGCUCCAGUGUGGUGGCUGUCACAGCUGUGGAUCCAGAUACAGGACCAUGGGGCGAAGUCCAGUAUUCCAUCUAUGGGUCCGGGUCAGACCUGUUCUUGAUUCACCCAUCCACGGGGCUUAUCUAUACUCAGCCCUGGGCCACCCUAGAUGCUGAGAGCACUUCAAGGUUCAACUUUUAUGUGAAGGCAGAAGAUAUGGAUGGGAGGUACAGCCUGGCUGAGGUGUUUGUCACUCUGUUGGAUGUCAAUGACCAUUACCCCCAGUUUGUACAGAGCAUCCAGGAGAAGACAAUGGUGCUGGGGACCCCAGUGAAAAUUGAGGCCACAGACCAGGAUGCAGAGGAGCCAAACAACUUGGUGGAUUACUCCAUCACCCGUGCAGAGCCAGCCAAUGUAUUUGACAUUGAUACACACACCGGGGAAAUCAGGCUUAAGAAUUCCAUCCGCUCCUUAGAGGCCCUACACAACUUCACACCCAGUGGGGACUACACAUGGUCCCUGCAGGUGCAGGCCAAGGACCGGGGCUCCCCAUCUUUCAGCACAACAGCCUUACUUAAGAUCGACAUCACAGACCCAGAGACGCUGUCCCGAGGCUCCAUGGCUGCUUUCCUGAUACAGACCAAGGACAAUCCCAUGAAGGCUGUGGGUGUGUUAGCUGGUGUCAUGGCCAUUGUUGUGGCCAUAACCGUGAUCAUCUCCACAGCCACCUUCUGGCGGAACAAGAAGUCCAACAAGGUCCUGCCUGUGCGGCGAGUUCUCCGUAGAAGGCCCAGCCCUGCGCCCCACACUGUUCGCAUAGAGUGGCUCAAAUUCAGGAGGACCAAGGCUGCUAACAAGUUUAUACUCAAAGAUGAUCCUCCCAAUGAGAACUGCAAUAACAGCAGAGCAGGAAUCACAGUGCUCCCCACAGCACCAGCUCUCCCGCCACCCCCCAAAAUGGCAUCCAGCACAGUUGCCCAACAGACAGUGCCAACUGUCUCUGGAUCCCUUACCCCACAAGCACCCCAACAGUUACCCACACCCAAGCCUGUGGGAGUCCCCGUCCAGUCCUCUCUGGUCUCUGAGCUCAAGCAAAAGUUUGAGAAGAAGAGUCUAGAGAACAAGGCUUACUUCUAGAGUGUGUCCAUGAUUUUUCCCUUCCCCCAAUAUUGAUCCUCAAAGUUACCCUUAUUUUGUAACCCCACAUACAGGACUCUGCAAAGGGCUUUGGACAAAAGAUGCCUCAGACUGUGAGAUGCAGUUGACAAAUAUAUACCAAGUGCCCAAAUCUUAGGCACAGCUAGCUACAAUGUUCUCUAGUCUUCAGAGAAUAGAAUCCCACAAGGAGUCAAAUCUCUGUAUUUCUACUCACCAACCCUACUCGCCAACUCCACAGGCGUUGGAGUCCUACUGGACCUUGUCAUCCUUGGUUGAGAAGUAAGGCCCUGACCACAGGGGACAAGACUGGCAAGAACCUGGAUCUCCAAGCUUCUGCUAACAGCAGGUUAAUGAAGGUUUGUCUUCAGCUAAAGUAAAAAGUCAGUGAACUUUGUGGGAUAUAAAGAUGCAAAUGCAGGCAACAAAAGGGCCAAAACGCUCUGAAAACGCAUGCUGACGGCAACCCCAAUGCCCAAGCCAGUGAGCAAUAGAUCGAAUUAGCAUCUAGAUAAGACUACUCCUGACAGUAGGUGUGAGGUUAACUCUUCCUAGAGUGAGAGCAGAUCUCUCCAGCCUAGCUUGAAAAGACAGGGCAAGGUGGUAAGUGGAUAUUAGGCCUGAGCUCAGGGAAACUUCCAUUUUGAUCCAGCUCUCUUCAGAUCACAUGACCUUAGAGAUACUGUUUAAACUCUUACUGUCCUCUUCCUUGUCUGUAAAAUGAAGGAAGCAAACCCCAGGAAAAUCAUGACCCUGGGGUCUUUAACCAAGUGCAAAGCAGCAUGGAUACAAAGUAUUUGUUGGAUGCCAGUUCUCUGGCUACACUUCAUCCAGAAAGUAUUAGCACCUUCAACUGCUCCACAAGUGCUCCCAGGAGGAGUUAACCUUAGCUGGGGACAGGCACGGUCUGAUAAUGGCUUUCUCUUGACUCAUACAACUUUCCUUCCAUUCACCCCUCACCUUAUGUCACUGUCACAACAAACCAGUAUGAGGCAGUAAGGUCCAGUCCAAGUCUGUUUUGCUGAGACAGAGAAAGGAGCCUCAUAGGGUUAUUUGCUCCCUGCACACUGUAGAUUGGUAGCAGGGAUCUGGUCUGAGAGCCCCUGUCCACAGCAUUUUUCUGUAGUUGGGACAUACCUUAUUAGUAUGUGAUAAUCUUGCAGGAAGGAAACCCUGCAAGCUGCCAUGGUUAAUACAUGGAGGUUCUGUUGUUCUUUGAGGAAAGCCCUUUAAGGAAAUCUAGAUAUGUACACUGUAUGAAGCCCUCUGGAAUUCUGUGGUUACUGAAGUGAUCAGAAUGUAUGAACAUGUGGUUUUCCUGAUUCCCCAGUCUGUGUUUUGAAGUGUUCUGCAGAUGCACUAUCAUUCAGAGUUUUCUCCUGGAGGUCUGUAGUUGCUGGCCCACACAGUAUUGAAGGACAGACACUAGCAUGCAAAAAGUCCAGCCUGGAAGCCACUACCUAGCCCAUGUUUCAAGAGUACUGAGCUGGAUCAUGUUUGCCUCCACAGGGAAUUCAGCAUCCUGUAAUAUGCAUGCUGUCAACUUCUUUUGUAAAUGCAAAUAAAAUCAUUCAAAG